GAAGUUGCCAACUGCCGAGGGUGUUACAACCUUUACUACAACAAUCGGUAUAAAUAUUUUGUAUAAGCAAUACAGCCGGCUUAUUGAUCGGCGUAUUGAUAAUUGCGUUCAUUAUCAUUUAUUGCAUGCUUUCACCGGACUCUCUUCACCACUACCACUACUAUACCCUCGCCUCAUCUUCCGUUGUUGGAAACGAAGUGGUCAUCCACCAACAUAUUCAAUGGACGGCUUUGACGACCUUCUUGCACCUUCAAAAGCUCUUGAGCAAAAUCCUUUUGCAGAUCCUUUUGGUAGACGUUCUGGUUCUCCGGAUCCAUGGGCAUCCUUCCAUCAACCUACGCCCUCAGGCUUUCAGGAUACCGAUGACGGCAGCGAAGCUAGCGCAAGCAGUCGGCCAAUUGUUGCAGAUGAAGCCCUGCAUUCAAAUGCAUUCGGUAGUGAUGGACUCCGUGACGGUUCGACUUCUGCAGACUCAACUGCAAGAGAUAAUCCACUGGAAGCAUCUGCCACUACUAGCGACAACCACUAUGAUGAAGUGGAAGCUUCACCAGUCACCCUCUCUCCAGGCGUAGCAUCCCCAGGCUUUAGGGAAAGCAUAUCUCGUUCUCCGGAUGAUAAGUUUGGGUCUGCAUCACAGCCGCCUCCACGAGAACCAUCUCCUCCACCUGCGUUGUCGCCUCAUGCUGAACCGAAACCUCUUUCUCCAACCUCACCAAUAUCUACUACGCCUACGCCCGCUCGUACGGAAUCACCCACGCCCUCAAACAGAGUCCAAUCACAUUCACCCCGUGGAUCUACUACUUCGCUCACCUCCUCUACAGCGGCAACUACUUCUGCUGCAAAACACACGCCAUUUUACAACCCUCUAGACCAACCUGGUGGCCUUGGGAUUGACCGAUCGUUCGCGGGUCUUUCUUUGGGCGGUGAAACAUUGGGAGGCUGGCAGGGAGCUCAAGCUACUCAGAACGCUUGGGGAAGCGGUAGUAUGGCUGCAAGUGAAGAAGACGAUGACGAUGACGACAAGCCCAUCCUACAAGCUAGGAUGCAGGCGCAGGCUCAAGCCGCCGCGAAAUCAGCUACAACUUCUCCGGCAACAUCCACACAGCAGACAACUGGCCAGAAUGGUAUACAUCCAGUAUUUGCUAUCACAGUUGACGACCCGCAACGCGUGGGCGAUCCUAUUCGAGGAUACAUAAUGUAUACAGUACAUACUAAGACUACGUCACCCCUCUUCUCUAAAUCAUCGUUUUCGGUGCUUCGGAGAUAUUCUGACUUCCUUUGGCUAUACGAGACGCUUUCAUCCAAUAAUCCCGGUGUCGUAGUGCCACCUGUUCCGGAGAAACAUCCUUUUGGACGAUUUGAUACGGGAUUUGUGGAACGAAGACGGGCAGCUUUGGAGAACUCCCUGAAGAAGAUGGCUGCACAUCCAGUAUUACAGAAGGACUCGGAUUUCAGGUUCUUCUUAGAGAGCGAUUCGUUUGCCCUUGAUAUCAAGCACAGGAAGGCGGAAUUGGCUCAAGAGAAGGGCGGCGUCCUGGCUUCUAUCGGUCACAGUAUCGCAGGACCUCGAUUCUACGAAACGGACGAGUGGUUCGACAAGCAGAAGACCUAUCUAGAUAGUCUGGAACUGCAACUCCGAGGUUUGGUCAAGACAAUCGACCAAGUCUCGAAACAACGAGCUGACCUCUCUGCAUCCAUCGCGGAGUUUGCACAAGCAUUGGCCGAACUAUCAACAUCGGAUGUUGGUCUUGGACCUCAACUAGCCAAAUCACUUGCAGGGCUAGCUGAAGUGGAACGCAAGGCUGAGGAGAUACAGAAGAUCCAAAGCACUGAGGAUGUGCGUACGUUGAUGAGUACAGCGGAUGAAUAUGCAAGACUUAUCAAUUCAGUUCGCCUUGCAUUCUCGUCCCGAAUACGUACAUAUCAUAACUGGCAAAAUGCCGAAUCCAACGUGAAGCGUGCAAAGCAAAUGCACGAAGUCAACCGGUCUCAAGGGCGUACACCAGGUCAACUGGGGUCGACUCUGGGUAUAGUGGCUGAUGCUGAACGUCGUUCUCUCGACGCUAAACAAGAAUUUGAGCAAGUGUCAAAAUUGGUCAAGUCGGAAGUCGCUAGGUUCGAGCGAGAGAGGAUAGACGACUUUAAGCAGAGUCUAGAGGGAUUUUUGGACGGGAUGAUCAAGCGGCAGAAAGAGCUCAUCGCUGCGUGGGAGUUGUAUCAGCAAGGCUUGCUGAAGCGAGUGGAUCAGGGAAGCCAGAAGCAGAGGCCUCGUCCACCCUCUUUGGAUGGACAAGCACUUACUACUUGAUUUUGGACCUCUGUCGCAUCUGACCAGACAUGUUACGAUACUGUAAAUGUCUUACCCUUGUUAUCUUCAAGACGUUUGAUGAGAAGGCAAGAGCUCCAUCCAAGACAAUGGCGUCUCGUUUGCAUUUGACAUCAGUUUUUAUGGUUUGAUUACAUUCAUCGGUCAAGGUAUAUGCCAUAUGUAACCUGGAAAGCUAAUGCCUUCUCUCAUAAAUAUGACGUAGGGCGAGCUAGAUGGAACUUCCAGCAUGUUUCAAUAUGAAAUCUAAUAUCAUCAUAAUCACUGUGGGCUUUCUGUAUACGACAUAAAUAAUGUUACAACUAGGACAUAGUAAUGAAGAUUUAUGAACACGAGGGGCAUAAAAAAAGAAUUGGCAUAGCAUCGAAACAUUUGAACCAGCUUGUUGAUAUUGUACACAUCCUUCCUCCUUACACUUCGUUCCCUGCCAUUCAUCGGAUCGCUGGGUCACCGAAAAGGGUUCUAUACUCCGAGUCACGUU